AUGGCAGCACCAUUCUCACCAACGGAUUUUGACAGUUUAGAAAUCCAGCAGCAAUAUAAUGACAUCAACAACCGCUGGGACCUUGCAGCAGAGACUGAGUGGGAUAAUGAGAACAGUUCAGCACGACUCUUUGAACGCUCACGAAUCAAAGCUCUGGCAGAUGAGCGUGAAGCAGUACAGAAAAAGACUUUUACCAAAUGGGUAAACUCUCACUUGGGUCGAGUGACGUGUCGUAUUGGAGACUUGUACACUGACCUACGUGAUGGCCGCAUGCUAAUCCGCCUGCUGGAAGUACUCUCAGGAGAACAGCUGCCAAAGCCCACAAAGGGUCGAAUGCGUAUCCACUGCCUUGAGAAUGUUGAUAAAGCCCUGCAGUUCCUAAAAGAGCAGAAAGUCCACCUCGAAAACAUGGGCUCACAUGAUAUUGUGGAUGGGAAUCACCGUCUCACCCUGGGUCUCAUCUGGACCAUCAUACUGCGUUUUCAGAUCCAGGACAUCAGUGUGGCAACAGAGGACAACAAAGAGAAAAAGUCAGCCAAAGAUGCCCUGCUGCUUUGGUGCCAAAUGAAAACUGCCGGAUACCCCAAUGUCAACAUCCACAACUUCACCACCAGCUGGAGAGAUGGUCUAGCGUUCAAUGCCAUUGUGCACAAACACAGGCCUGAUCUGAUUGAAUUUGACAACCUGAAAAGGUCCAACACCCAUUACAAUCUCCAGAAUGCUUUCAAUGUGGCUGAGAAGGAGCUGGGCCUUACCAAGCUUUUAGACCCAGAAGAUGUUAAUGUUGACCAGCCUGAUGAGAAAUCCAUUAUCACCUAUGUGGCCACCUACUACCACUACUUCUCUAAGAUGAAGGCUUUGGCAGUGGAGGGCAAAAGAAUUGGCAAAGUGUUAGACUAUGCUAUUGAGGCUGACCAGCUGAUAGAGAAGUAUGAGACCCUGGCCUACGAGCUGCUGCACUGGAUUGAGCAGACUAUAGUGACACUUAAUGAUCGGCAGCUCGCUAACUCCCUGAGUGGUGUGCAAAACCAGCUUCAGGCUUUCAACUCAUACCGGACUGUGGAGAAACCUCCAAAAUUUACAGAGAAAGGAAACUUGGAGGUUCUGCUUUUCACAAUUCAGAGCAAGAUGAGGGCAAACAACCAGAAAGUCUACAUGCCAAGGGAGGGCAAACUUAUCUCUGACAUAAAUAAGGCAUGGGAACGCCUGGAAAAGGCUGAACAUGAGCGUGAGCUGGCACUGAGAAAUGAGCUGAUACGCCAGGAGAAGCUGGAAAUGCUCGCUGCUCGUUUUGAUCGCAAAGCUGCAAUGCGGGAGACAUGGCUGAGUGAGAACCAGAGGCUUGUGUCUCAGGACAAUUUUGGAAUGGACCUUGGAGCCGUGGAAGCUGCCACACGUAAACAUGAGGCGAUUGAGACUGAUAUUGGUGCAUAUUUGGAGCGUGUGGCUGCAGUGGAGGCCGUUGCCAAGGAGCUGGAAACUGAGAGAUACCAUGAUGUGCGGCGUAUACUUGCACGAAGGGAUAAUGUGCUGCGACUUUGGGAAUACCUAAAAGAGCUUCUUGCUGCACGCAGAGAGCGAUUAAAUGCCCAUCGAGACCUACAGAGGCUGUUUCAGGAGAUGUGCUACAUCAUGGACUGGAUGGCAGACAUGAAGGGUCGUUUGCAGUCUCAGGACAGUGGUAAACAUUUGCACGAUGUGUUAGACCUAUUGCAGAAGCACAACCUGGUGGAGGCUGACAUUUCAGCCCAGGCAGAGGGGAUCAAGGCAGUGCAGGGGGCUGCACAACGCUUUACUUCCCAUGAACAAGCGUACAAACCAUGUGAACCAGCACUAGUUAGUGAGAAGGUUGACCUUCUUGGUCGUGCCUAUGAAGAGCUUGGUCAUCUUAGUGGGAAACGCAGGGAGCAGCUGGAGGACUCUCGUAGACUGUGGCAGUUCUUAUGGGAUCUUGGAGAGGAGGCAGCCUGGAUCAGAGAGCAAGAGCAGAUUCUGGCCAAUGCAGACUGUGGCCGCGACCUCUCGUCUGCCCUGCACCUCCUGAGUAAGCACGAGGCUUUCAGAGAUGAGAUGGCAGCCCGCUAUGGCCCUCUGAGUCAUAGCAUCGCUGCUGGAGAAGCUUUGGUUCAGGAGGGACACAUCGGAACACCUGAGGUCACAGAGAGAAUCCAAGACAUCCGUGCACAGUGGGGACAUCUGGAGGAGACAACAAAGCUCAGGGAGCAGAAGCUAAAGGAAGCUUUGGCGCUGCACCAGUUUCAAACAGAUGCCAAUGAUAUGGAGGCAUGGAUUAUGGAGGCACUCAGGCAGGUGUCCAGUCAAGAGGUGGGCCAUGAUGAGUUCUCCACCCAAACUCUAGCUCGCAAGCAGAGGGAGAUAGAGGAAGAAAUCCAGAGCCACCGUCCUGUCAUUGACUCGCUGCAUGAGCAGGCCCUAGCACUGCCUGAGGCCUAUGCACAGUUCCCUCAAGUGGAGGGACGCCUACCUACUAUAGAGCAGCGCUAUGAAGAGCUGGAGACCCUUUCUGCAGCCCGCCGCAAAGCUCUAGAAGGUGCUUUGGCCCUCUACCGGAUGUUCAGUGAGGCUGGUGCCUGUGCACUCUGGGUGGAAGAAAAAGAAAAGUGGUUACACGGCAUGGAGAUCCCUACAAAGCUUGAAGAUUUAGAGGUGGUACAGCAGAGAUUUGAAACACUGGAACCUGAGAUGAACAACCUGGGCACUCGUGUAGCUGAUGUGAACCUGGUGGCUGAGCAGCUGCUUAGCUCUGACAACUGUAGCAAAGACCAGAUCCACCAGACUCGAGAUGAGCUGAACAACAGGUGGAAGGAGUUCGAACACCUUUCUGGCCAAAAGAAGCAAGCCCUGGAUUCGGCCCUUAAUAUUCAAAACUAUCACUUGGAGUGUAAUGAAAUCCAAAGCUGGAUGAAGGAAAAGACUAAAGUGAUUGAAUCCACUCAGAGUUUGGGGAAUGAUCUGGCUGGAGUGAUGGCAUUGCAACGUAAACUCACUGGCAUGGAGAGGGAUCUCAAGGCCAUUCAGGGUAAAUUAGAUGACCUACGAAGUGAGGCGGAAAAGCUGGCCAAGGAACAUCCAGAGCAGGCUGGAGAGAUCCAAGGACGUCUAGCAGAGAUUCAGGACGUGUGGGAGGAACUGAAUGCUACCAUGAAACGUCGUGAGGAAUCACUGGGUGAAGCCAGCAAGCUACAGGGCUUCCUUCGGGAUCUGGAUGAUUUCCAGUCCUGGCUGUCUCGAACGCAGACAGCUAUAGCCUCAGAGGACACUCCCAACUCUCUACCUGAGGCUGAGAGUUUGCUAGCACAGCAUGAGAGCAUCAAGAAUGAGGUGGAUAACUACAAGGAGGACUAUGAGAAAAUGAGGGCAGUUGGUGAGGAGGUGACCCAAGGUCAGACUGAUGCUCAGCACAUGUUCUUAGCUCAGAGGCUGCAGGCACUGGAUACUGGCUGGAAUGAGCUGCGCCGCAUGUGGGAAAACCGCCACAGCCUAUUAGCUCAAGCCUUUGACUUCCAGACUUUCUUGAGAGAUGCAAAACAGGCAGAAGCUUUCCUUAAUAGCCAGGAGUAUGUGUUGUCGCACACAGAAAUGCCCACAACUCUAGAGGGAGCAGAGGAGGCCAUUAAGAAGCACGAGGAUUUCCUCACCACCUCAGAGGCCAGUGAGGAGAAGAUCAAUGGCGUGGUAGAAGCUGGGCGACGCCUCAUUAAUGACUGUAAUGCCAAUUCUGAGAUCCAGGAAAAAGUUGACUCUAUCCAGGAGAGGCAUUUUAAGAAUAAGAAAGCUGCAAAUGAACUGCUCGCAAAGCUUAAAGACAACCGUGAACUUCAACACUUCUUACAAGAUGGACAGGAGCUCAAGUUGUGGAUCAAUGAGAAAAUGCUGACAGCUCAGGAUAUGUCAUAUGAUGAAGCCAGAAAUCUCCACAGCAAGUGGCAGAAACACCAGGCUCAUGGCAGAGCUGGCCUCAACAAGGACUGGCUGGAUAAAAUUGAUAAGGAGGGUCAAGCGCUGGUGGUGGAGAAGCCAGAGCUGGAGCCUGUUGUCCAGCAGACGCUGGAGGACUUACAGCAUCAGUGGGAGGAGCUAGAGUGUACCACCCGCACCAAAGCCCAGUGUCUGUUUGAUGCCAACAGAGCAGAACUCUUCACACAAAGCUGCUCAGCUCUGAUGUUUGGCUGAAAAAACCUUGAGGGGCAACUGCACAGUGAUGACUAUGGCAAAGAUUUGACAAGUGUCAACAUUCUACUGAAGAAACACCAGAUGCUGGAACACCAGAUGGAGGUCCGAGAAAAGGAGGUACAGUCCCUCCAGUCUCAGGCCCUGGCCCUGUCACAGGAGGAUGCUGGUCUCGCUGAGGUGGACGGGCAGCAAAGGCGUGUCACUGACAGCUUUGCCAGCCUUCAGGAACCUCUUAGUCUCAGGAGACAGCGACUGCUCGCCUCCAAAGAAGCACAUCAGUUUAACAGAGAUCUGGAGGAUGAAAUUCUAUGGGUGACAGAGAGGAUGCCCCUGGCAACCCCACAGACCACGGGAAAAGACCUUCCCACCGUGCAGCUCCUUAUCAAGAAAAACCAGACAUUGCAGAAGGAGAUCCAAGGCCACCAGCCUCGCAUUGAUGACAUUCACAGAAGAGGCAAGACUCAGACCCAGGUUGACGGUGAGAGACAGUCUGUCCUGGAGGACCGCCUGGUUGAGCUGAGAGACUUGUGGGACCAGCUGAUUGCAGAGACAGACAAACGACAUGCUCGCCUGAUCGAAGCUAAUCGUGCCCAGCAGUUCUAUGCUGAUGCAGCAGAGGCAGAAGCCUGGAUGGGUGAGCAAGAGCUGCAUAUGAUGUCAGAGGAAAAGGCCAAGGAUGAGCAAAGUGCAUUAGUGAUGGUCAAAAAGCACCAGAUCCUGGAGCAGGCGUUGGAAGACUACGCCCAAACAAUUCACCAGUUAGCCAACAGCAGCCGUCUCAUGGUCACCAGCGAACACCCAGAGAGUGAGAGAAUCACCUUACGGCAAGCCCAAGUUGACAAACUGUACGCAGGGCUGAAAGACCUCGCCGAGGAGCGGCGUGGGCGACUUCAGGAACGAUUGCGUCUCACACAGCUGAAGCGAGAGGUGGAUGAUCUUGAGCAGUGGAUUGCUGAGAGGGAGGUGGUUGCUGGCUCUCAUGAGUUAGGACAAGAUUAUGAACAUGUUACGAUGUUAAGGGACAAGUUCCGGGAGUUUGCGCGUGAUACUAGCACCAUUGGCCAGGAGCGGGUAGAUGGCGUAAAUGGACUGGCCGAUGACCUGAUUGAGUCCGGUCACCCUGAGAACGCCAGCGUAGCUGAGUGGAAGGAUGGCCUAAAUGAAGCUUGGGCUGACCUGCUGGAACUGAUUGACACACGCACACAGAUGUUAGCUGCUUCCUACGAGUUGCACCGCUUUCAUCAGGAUGCCAUGGAGGUGCUUGGGCGGGUUAAGGAGAAGAGGGAGGCGCUGCCUUCCGACCUGGGUCGUGAUCUAAACACUGUGCAGCACCUGCACAGACAGCACAACGCUUUUGAACAUGACAUCCAAGCCCUCAGUGGACAGGUAAACCAAGCACAAGAAGACGCAGCUCGGCUACAGAAGGCUUAUGCUGGAGAAAAAGCUGAUGACAUUCAAAGAAGUGAGCAUGCUGUGACCUCUGCUUGGGAAGGCUUGCUUGAGGCAUGCCAGGCUCGCAGGCUCCUCCUGCUGGACACAGUAGAGAAGUUUCGCUUCUUCAACAUGGUGCGAGACCUCAUGCUCUGGAUGGACGGUGUUAAUCUGCAGAUUGAUGCCCACGACAACCCAAGGGAUGUAUCUUCUGCAGGAUUAGUCAUCGCCAAUCACCAGGAUAUAAAGUCAGAGAUUGAGACAAGGGCGGAUAGUUUCACUGCUUGUAUUGAGAUGGGAAAUACCCUCAUCAAAAAUAAUCACUAUGCAGCUGAUGAGAUCCGAGAGAAACUGACUCAGCUUCAAGAACAGAGGGACAAAAUCAACAAGAAGUGGCAAGACAAAAUGGACCAUUUACAGAUUGUCCUGGAGGUGUUGCAGUUUGGACGUGAUGCCUGUGUGGCAGAGUCUUGGUUAGCAGGACAGGAACCUCUGGUACGAGCAGCAGAACUGGGCUCUAAUGUGGAUGAGGUGGAAAGCCUGAUUAAACGCCAUGAAGCCUUUGAGAAGCUUGCUGCUGCCUGGGAAGAACGCUUUAUGAUGCUCGAGAAACUCACUACACUUGAGGAACAUGAGUUUCAGAGGAGGCGAGAGGAAGAGGAGCGAGCACGGAGACCACCUACGCCACCGCCAGUAGAAGAAGUGGCACAGUCUGAAGCAGAAAGUCAAGUACAUGAUUCUGCAGCCAGAACCAGUCUGGAUCAGACGACACUCAAUCAGUCAGUAUCAGUGAACGGAGUGCACAGUGAUAAUGACACAUCUCAACAGUCUUUAUCGCUAUCAUUGUCAUCCGGAAAGAAAUCAGAGCCUAAACGUGUGUGUAAACCAAAGCAGAUGGAGCGUGGCUCUGAGUCCGAAUCUGUGAAUGGACCAGGCCGGGACAGUGGACUUGCAUCAUCUCGCAUUGAUCCAUCUGCCGUUUUACCAAACAAGGGUGAAGCUGAGACUGAGCCAAACACCAUGGAGGGAAUGCUCUGUCGAAAACAAGAAAUGGAAUCCCACAGCAAAAAGGCAGCUAGCAGGUCUUGGCAGAAUGUUUACUGUGUGCUGAAAAAAGGAAGCCUCGGUUUCUACAAAGACAACAAAAGUGCAAGUAACGGCAUUCCUUACCAUGGAGAAGUACCCAUCAGCCUAAACGAGGCUGUGUGUGAGGUAGCGCAUGACUAUAAGAAGAGGAAACAUGUGUUCAAGCUCAGGCUGGGAGAUGGAAAAGAGUACCUGUUCCAAGCCAAGGACGAGGCGGAGAUGAGCGCUUGGAUUGGUUCCAUUCUCAGCUCCAUUCUGGGAGGAGCAGGAGACUCGCCCCUUGCUCCACAGCCCAUCAGCCGCGCCAUGACCAUGCCUCCCAUCUCCCCCAGCUCGGGCGAAGCUGGAGGCGUAACCAUGCGGAACAAAGAGGGCAAGGAGAAGGAUCGUGAGAAGAGGUUUAGUUUCUUUGGCAAGAAAAAGUAGAACAUUUGUAAAAUAAUCAUUGGAAACCAUUUUUUCUUUUCAAAAAUUUCAACAAACUGAAACAGGCAGAAUGGAAAAUACAGUCAAACAAACAAGAUGCUGUCAGUGCGAAUCCAUGGGAACCUGUCAGCAGCUACCAUAGGUAGCUCACAGAGAACUUUGUUUUCUUUCAGAUUCUCUUCUUGAACUGUUUUUAGCUUUUGGUUCGCCUGAUCUGUAUUUGAUAUUUAGCCACAGCUAGCAGUGAAAGCCCCCAUCCUAAGGCAAGUUCAGCCCACCAGCAGAGCUUAUUUGUCCAAUUUACUCCCAGAACCAAAUCAUUGGGACAUCUGGUUUCUGUUACCUAGAGCCACAAGGCUGGUCCCGUUCACUUCCAUUCAACCAAAUCAGUUCUUUAAUUUUAACAGUUUCCUCCUUGGUGAGUCUGGACUAGUUAAGCUGCUUUAAAUCUGUGGCACUGAUGGAUGGUGACUUUGCACUGUGGAGCAUGCUCAUUUUAUUUUCACAUUUUCAUAAUUCUUUUCUUGUUGACAUUGAUGUUAAUAAGACCAAAAUCUUUACUGUUGUUAUUAUUAUUAUUAAUAUUAUUAUUAUUAUUUCUCUUAAACUAUCGCUGGAUUGACAAAAGGACUUUCUUUGAAAGUAGAUGUUGAUUUAUGUUGUGGAGAGGAACAAAUUUGGUUAAACUACUGGAGAAUGUUGCCCCUGCAUUUUUUUAAGAAUGAGUUGUUGACCAAAACAAUAAAUAAAUAAAAUAAAUUCAAAAAUUUUUUUAGCUGUGUGCAGUAAGUGAUCAUGUUUCAAUCGAAAAAUUCUCUUGAAUAAGUGGUUUUGUUUUUAUUUAAUCUCUCAUUUUGCUUGAUUAUUUCUCCUGAGUAAUCUUUUCUGCUUGAUUUUUAGAUUUCUUUUUUUCUGUACAAAGCAGAGAUUAGUUUUCUAGUGUGUGUGUGCGUGUGUGUGUGUGUGCAUUCGUGCGUGAGUGUGAGUUGUGAUGCUGUGGAUUUUGCACGUUUCUGUUUUUCCAAUUCACACAUGAUCAGAUGGAUGCUGUUUUUUGGUAAACACACAUUCAGAGUAAAACCAGGCACAACCACAAACUUUUAUUAGGUUGGCUUUUGUACAAUUUGCUUUUCUUUGCUUUUAAUUGUAUCAUUAGCAAUACCAGUGAAGUUAUUUGAGGUAGUUUUUCAUUGCUUUCAUUUUAAAUUAUUUCUUUCUCUUCUCUAUAUACUGGUGUGAAGGCACGGUGUCAUUUAUAGAUAAAAAGCUGAAGCACAUUUGUUUUGGCAGACUCUAGGGAGGAGGACAGAUGGACAGCAGCUACAUAAUUAGAGGUUAAAUGAAGAGUGUGGAAGUGCAAUUAGAUGGUCUAUGGAAAAGCCCGUCAUGCACUGAGAUGUUCUGAGCCUUAAAAUGAUCCAGCUACAAAUAUACAGAACCAUUUAAAUAAUCCUAAGUGUACAAAAAGAGAACCUUUCUAAGUACAAGAACAAUACGAAUGGCUGAUACGUAUGUCCUGUGGCAAUGAUCUGUGGCAAUGAUAAUGUAUGUUGUGAGUGGAUUAUACACACAGCUACAGUGUGCAGACUGAUGUUGAAUUUGAAAGCGGUAACCAUUGCUAACGCUGCUUUAUAUCGGCAGAAGGAAUCCUCGUCAGGCUUUGAGCGCUUGCAUAUGGGGUAUGACCUCAUGUACAGUUAUACUUGUAUGCGUCUCCUCAUUGUCAUCAAUUCUGUGCUGAUCUAUUCUGAAAACAUGAGAAUCCAUCAUAAUCUUAGGAAUAACUAACUAAGUCUUACAGGUAUUCAAACAGGUAAUCCAUUAUUGUUAAUGUAAAAGCAUAUAAAUGUUAUAUGAUAACUUUUUUAACUGAAAUGUGUGUUUAUCACUUGGAUCAAAUUGUUGAAUAGAAAUAUUUUGCGCACACGUGACACUGGUGGCACAAAAAGUUGCUUUCAUAAUCAUCUCAAAAGCCCUGGCUUGGUUGUCAGGAACUCGAAUGAUGAUUCAAAAUUUGCCUUUUCUAAAUCUUGAAAUGCAUCAGGAAAUAAGUUGACUCAUUGUCCCUGAUUGAUUCAAAGUUAACUAAUUUGGUACUAACGUGACACCCGUAGGGUGGCUGAUAGGGGCCACAACACUUCCAGAUUAAGACCAAACCAUUACAGGCAGAAAGCACAAAUGCAAAAAAACAAAACAAAAAACACCUGCAUUAAUUCAACAACAGGUAGCUGUAUCAAAAAUGUUUUGCAAAUUGAAGACCUCUUGCAGACACAGAAAAUACAACCUACAGCACAUGUAACAGUUUAAUAUAACAUGUCUGCUGCAAAUGCAGACAACACAAGCAAACAAAAUGCUUUGAAAAGUUUCACAAAGUGGCAGAAGUCCUAAUAACAGAAACAGAACUUUCUGAUAGAAAAAAAUUGACUUCUACUCUACAGUGCAUUGCAAAUAAAAUAGUAAAAUGUGAAAAUAUAGCCAGGAUAAGAGUAAAUAAAUAAGUAAAUAAAUUAUACGAUGCUCUGUUGACCAGGUAGAAAACGAGAGGAGCGCUGCAAUGUAGUGAACGGUCAAUCAAUUAAAGUCCUGUAAAGUGAAUUUAUAGCAGACACGUUAUCAAAUUAAGAAAUUGUCACGUGCUGCAGGUUAUAUUUGUGUUCAGUGUUUGCAAGCACCUCCCCCUCAAUUUGCAAAAUGAUUUCUGAUGCAGCUACCUCUUGUUCAUUUGAUGCAGUUGGUUUUUCCAUUUGUCUUUUCUGCAUUUGCUGCUGCUGCUGUUCAUUUGGAAGUGCUGUGUGGCCCCUGUUGGUCACCACAUGCUUGAGCUGUGGUUUUCAUAUUUAAAUGUUUUCUGAAAAUAUAAUAGUUAAAAUAAACUUGCUUGUUUGUAGUGGUUUGAAAUGGCCUUAUUGUCUUGUUUUCUUGACCCAAAUGAAUGUGUAGCCAGUGGGGCCAUCAGUCAAACAAAAGACCCUCCACAUCAGUACAUUAAAACAUCACCACAUUAAAACAUCUGAACAUUCACUUUGAGACUAUUGCACUGGGACCAGGUUUGAAGAAGACUUCAGGGAGUCUUGGACAGUUGGUCCAAACUCAAUCAACUUGUCCAGUUUGUGCCCAUUAGCAGUUCAAAGAGCUCCUACUUCCAGUCUAGUUAAAGUAGCAUUAACAUCAAACUACAAUUGAUCACAAUGAUCAUUGCAUACAUAGGUGAGCCAACAGUUAGCAUACACCAUGCACAAAUUCAGGUGGAGGCAUCUUUCUUCCCCAAUGGAUGAGUCAUUCCAAUGGCCAAAGCUUCCUGAUCUCUGAUCCAGUUAAUAUAAAUGAAUUUUAAGUUUAAAGGUGACACAAUGUAUUUUCUUACUGGUUCAUUUGAAUGUAAAUGACUCCAAUUAGUUUGGCCAAAUUGGUCAUGUAAAGCAAAAAUAUUUCUCAUACUUGAUGAGCGUGCUCUUUCAAUCGCACUCGCACAUAGCCACUGUACUGUAUAUGUAAUGCAGAAUGAUCCUGAUAAUCCAGUCUUAUAGAAAUGUCCUCAGCUGUCUGUGAUUUGGUGUUGCAUCUUUUUAAAAUAACAAUAUGCUAAUUUUGAGUUUUGACCAGAACUUGGAAAGUUUGUAUAAUCUGUGUCAAAGACUUGAAUUUUCAGUUAUGAAUGUACUUGAUGUUGGAGUACUUAAUGAAAGUAACUUGAUUUUCUUACCUUUUUUUUUUUUUUUAAGAAUAAGGCAAGAAAUUUGCGGGAGUUUGCCCCCCCGCCCCUAUUCAGUGGUGUGUUGCAACAUUUGAUUUGAAGUCUGUCCACCUACUUUGAUUUCUUUUACAGAUGCCUAGUUCUUCCCCUGUGUUCUUAAUAUCACUACUGUUAUUAAUUGCUAUUAUUAUCAUUGCUUGUUACUAUUACUACUACUGGUACUAAUGAAAACUGCUGUCCAUUUUUGGGUACGUGUCUGUAAUACAAGACUUUUCCACACAUUGUCAGUGUGCUGUGAAGCAUUUUCAUUACAAAUUGGAAAUAAUGAUUGUUGGUUUGUGUAUCUAUAUCUAAUAUUAGGAAUAAUAAAACAUGGUUUUAUCCA